UAAUGAAUGAAAUAUUUGAGUGGUAAUUAUUUUUCUCUUUCUUUUUUUACUACAUGUACAUGUAUAUGCACGUUUUUAUAUGGACAAUAUUGUAUACCAAAAAAAUAUUUAAAAUGACAGCUCUACAGAAAAGCAGAAUAGAUGAUUAUCAUACAUAUUUGUCUCCAACAUUUGUUACACAUACCGAAAGAGCACCGGUUUAUAUUCUGUCUAAAACUUUUGAAUGUAUUUCGCGCAUUAGUCAUUUCCCAUGAGAAUCUUAUGUCUGGCAGGCUAAUCAUGGGGUCGUGGCCUCCUGACGAUGUACAGGAUCAAUCCCGAUCUCCACAUAAGACACUCGGUACCAUACGCCGAGACGGCACGGAGAGGUGGUGCCCCGAAGACGCAGAACUAUACUCCGGAGUUUCGGGGUGAAACGCGUGCGCGGGUGGUUUUAAUCGGGGGCGGGGGUGCGGUCACGGGGACAGUAUCGUCGCUCUUCAGUUGGGUUUGGUACGCGUCUCGCGUCUGGCCACUGCGCGCCUCUUCGCAGAAAGCGCCUUAGUUCUCUGUUUCCUACAUCCCCGUCUGCCUCGAUUCUUAUCUCGUGAGUCGCGCGCAAAAUACGCGACGUUAGAGAACUCUCUUCCGCACAUUUUUUCCAAGGACUUCGCUGAAAUUUUUCGCUUAUCGAUCACUUCGCCGGAGCGACGAUUACGGAUGCCACAUACGUGUUCGCGAGCCGAGGAGUGUUUAUUGGUUAUUCUUUCUUGACAUGGGUUUGGCGGACUGUCACAUGACGAAGGGUUCAUCAGAUCGCGAUGAGACGACAUUACAACAACAGAAAUGCGCGUGCAUGCGAUUGCGUCGCGUCGUUGCGACGCUGAAGAAUUCGCCGGUGUUUUGAAUGGAAGCGCGGUGUCAAGAUAGCAUAAAGAAGCGGCAUACGAUCGAAUUAAUCGUGGGCAGAACGCCGUCUCGUGAUAAAAACGGUCGUCGCUUCGAGCAACAAAUUCUACGCCAUGAAGACUGCUUGGAUCCUUUCGUUGGUGGUUUCACCGUUGUUGGUGCUAGGUAGUCCGCCCGGCACUAUUAGAGAGGGAGGCAUCAAAAUCGGGACUGGCAGGGGUACGGUUCCCAAGGGCACAAGUGUGGGCAGAGGCAAUUCAGCGGUUCGUAUCGGUGAGGGAGGUAGAUUAUCGAAUUCGACGAGGCAGCGAUCAUUUCCGACAACCACGACCACCACGAUCACCCCUACACGUUUCACACCGCAGUCUUCUGUGAAUAAUUCGGGAAAUAAUUAUAACAUCACUGAUCUCAAGGUGGGCAUGUUGGUGCCGUACAAAUCUUUUGGCGUGAGAGAGUAUACCAGAGCAGUCACCACUGCUAUUAACACGCUGCAGAGAAGCACGAGGGGUCCAAAGCUGGGGCUUUUCCAGCGAUAUGAUCUUCAUGUCAAGAUAGCGAUGAAGGAACUCACACCUAGCCCCACCGUUUUCGGAAUCGUGCCAGACUCAAGAAGUGAACGGAAAGUCUCAAAUCGAUUUGAGCCCAUUUCGUUGGAGACAUUGGGAGGCUUUUAUGGGGACUUGGCCUUUAUCAGACAAAAUCUGAACGUUGGGACUAUACCGACUAUACCCUCCUUUUACUAGUGCCCGUUUCUUCGUGCCCGUAGAGUGGAAAUCAGCACUUUAGUCCUGCAAUAAAGAGAAUCUCUGCCGUCAAACGAAUGCAAAACAGAAAUGUAAAACGGCUUGAAUUUAUAUCUUAUCACGAUUUAUGUAAUUAUUUCUUCGCAAAGCUUAUACAUCAAAUAAAAAUCGUAAUUUAUAACUCCAACGUGACUAUAGAAUAAAUUUCUAUUUUACACGAUCUCCUUACUGCAUCACAGUGCCUAUUACUGUGCAUGCAGAGUAACGUAGAAAAUGCCGAGUAAUGCGAGAUAAUUAGGAAGCGAAAGCCAAACGUGUAAAGGAAGCGGAUUAUGAUCCAAGAUUGGUCCAUGAAAAUAUAAUCUUGGAAUUAGUUUAAAAUGCACGU